GGACCGGGAGACGUGAUGACUUCCUGUUGGCGUUGGAGUUGGUGAGGUGAUACUUUGAAAUUCAAAAAUGCCCAUCGCCGUUACACUCGAAGGUCACACGUGAGCUGAAUCAGACACGCCUCCCCUAACCGAAGACUUGCGAAGGUCCAUUGGUAUUCUUGGUGGCGCUGUCUACUACGUGGUGUAUUGGACCACCUAAUCGACAGCACGAAAGGGACAGUUUUGCAGAUACUCCCAACGAUACGGCCUCUUCCUUCGUGCGUCUUAAUCCGGCGAUCAGCUAGGUGGGGCGAACCACUUUUUUCUUCCAAUCAAACCGGAGUGGGAAAAUGGCGUAGGAAUCUGAGCGCACGAUCCAUGUUCAAGUGCAGCGCGGACGCGUCGAUUCGGAGCAGCGUUUCUAGCGCCGCGCGUAGUCGUUCAGUAUCGUGCGGCAGGUUGAUGGUAACGGUUCACAGUCUUGUACCGAACCCGGUGUGUCUCGCGAGUUGCUCCAUUCCGAUAAGAUGCUGCUCUUGGUCGUGUAGUGUAGCUUCGUCCACCAGUCGUCCAGUGUCUGUGAACGGUGUUGAUCAACCGGUGUGUACUAAAAGCAACGAGCCUACCACCUUUAUGCAAUAGUGUUUGGCCCUUUUUUUCCUAUACUCCGUGCCGUGGUCAUUUGUGCGAGGGGGUAAUUGUUGAUCGAGCAGCAUUAUGACGAAUUGUGUGAAUUUAAUAACCCGCCAUGGCUCAUUACGGGCGUGGAUAGUGAAUCUGGUGCUCGGGUGGCUGUUGGUGUCCGGUGGCCAUUACACCGUCGUUGCUGGUGUUACAGUUGACAUAUUUCCGCUAGCACCCUCCACGGAGUCGAUGAUCGCGCCGCACAAUCAUCAUCAGCACCAUCACCACCCGCACCAUAAGGGACCAUACGCCACGGCCAAGAUGAAAAGCCACAUCAAGCGCAUUCUGAACAUUAACGAAGAGAACAGCACGCUGGACAGCUAUUUGCUGUCGCUGUUUAACAUGGAAAAUUUAAACCCCACGUACGUGUUUCUGCUUCCGAUGGAUGGGCAGAACCACGUGCGGAAGCUCAUCUACCAGCGCAGUGACUUUGAGGAGGCCCAGUUCCCGAACGUGACCACGCUGAACAAGUUCACGGGGAAGCCGAAUCGUACGGUGGGCAGCAAACCGGGCAGUGAUAUGAUGCUGGAGAAGAAGAUCUUCGAGCACAUGGGGAAGGACACGAUGGACGACGGUACGCGGAAGGUGAUCGAGGAGAAUGUGCGUACGGAGCGGAACUUUAUAAAGUUUAUGGACGAGUUGAACCGGGAUCUGGAGGAGGAAGAGAAUCGGCGGGUGUUGAAGGAAAGUUUAAGGAAGUCGGCAACCCGAACGAGCGCCUCGUCAGCACUGUUUACGCCUUACACGUUCCGCAGCACGCAGACCAUUAGCUGGGAUGAUCUCGGGCUGGAAGGAUGGGCGGGUGGAUUGCGGGAGCUUCAGGGUGGCCAUCGGUUCGAUCAUCCCGUGCUGGAAAAACCGAAAACAACUACGCCACCACAACCGAUGCUUCAGGCUAGCUUUAGUGGAGUUCAGCAGGGACCGGUACGUCCGACUGCGUCCCUAGGAGCACCGUUGAAGACGAUCGUCAAUCAGACGGCCGCCGUGGCAAGUGCGGCUGCCCGGUACAAGCAGACCGGUGUCCUGCUGAGCGAGAACAUAGGCGUGAAGCUGCAGGAAAUCUACAAACGCACCAACGGGAGCAACGCGCGGAUCAAGUGGCCGAUCACGAACAGUCGGGACGCGCAUCGGGAUGAGGAUGUGUUCAUUGCGCGUGCCAACAAUCCUUUCGGCCAUUCGACCAAGUGGCGUUGGAGCAACGAAACCGAUCAAGAGGAUCCGCUCAAGGUGGAGGUCCAAUCGUCGCGUGACGGUCGAGCGAAGCGUGGCGUGUACAAUCUUUACUCGAUGAUCAAAUGUGCGACCGAGUGUGAUCCCAUCAUCUACAAGGGCUACGGGUGCUACUGUGGAUUUUUAGGUUCUGGUCAGGCGCUGGACGGGAUCGAUCGCUGCUGCAAGAUGCACGACUACUGCUACAGCACCGCCAACUGCCCAAUGUUUCUGGAGUACUUUGUGCCGUACCUGUGGAAGUGUUACCGGGGUCGUCCGCUGUGUGCAAUCGAUCAUGGUGAGUGGGGUGGUCCGGGCUCGUGUGCAUCCCGGCUGUGCCAUUGCGAUCUGUCGCUGUCCAAGUGCCUGCGACGGUACUACUGUCCACGGAAGCGGAACGUCUGUACCACUUCGCCGUUGCGGUUGCUGCAGAAUCUUGUGAUGGUUUUCUAGAGCUUAGAAGUUAAUUUCCGUUUUCAGUAAGAAUGCUAGCAUUUCCAAAGUACAAACAUAAGUGUAGUAUCGUAGCGAAGAAACAUAAACAAAAAAAAAGAUGUAGCUUUCAAGCGUUGUAGAGUAAAUAAAAAAGUUGCCAAAAAUUGACACCGGUAAGUGGCUUUGGUGUGGGGACAAGCUUAGUGAAGUGAUGUCAAGUGAAGGUCAAGAGCCUCUCCAACAUGGCGCUAAAGUGAGGUAAUACGAGACUCGGAGGUGAGAGCUUCAGAAAUUAUCUACUACGAGUCAAUGCAGGCCCCGAAAA